AUGUUGAAAGUUUUUCCCCGUGUAUUCCUGGCAUUCCUAUUCGCCGCCGGCGCGGUCGGGGUUUCUCUGGCAAUCUCAUCUCGAGUUCUUGUGACCGGUGUGCAGGACGAGGACGGCGAGCGCAAUGCAAAGCUGGAGAGCACCGCCUCCUCGACAACGUCAGUGGCUACUUCCGAAGACGAAGCCCCACCCGAUUUGAGGGACGUGCGGUUGCAACGCAUGGAUGCCGCGUUUUCCAAGAUAAAAGACCGGCUUCCCGAGGCCGACCGAGUUGUGCUGCAAUGCAUUGUGUCCGGGCGAGGCAACCCGCGGCCACUCUUCGGCGUGCGCGUGCUCGAGUUCCUGGCGUCCCAGCAAGCGACACCGGAAGAGGUCGAGGAGAAUUGGUUAAAACCCGACGAGGAGCUCCUGUGGCGCGCAGUCCUACCCCUGGACGAAGAAACAGUCGAGCUUAUCACCACGCAGGAGCGGUUCGCCGGGAACGCAGAAAAACAACAAAGCCCGUUCUUCGGGCCGGGCGACUGCUUUUCCGAGGGGCCCUGGGGUGUGCUAGCCGGUCGCUUUCUCGGCUCCCGGGCGGAUUGCAAGUGGGCCGAGAGUGGAGAGGAGCAGCUUAUGCCGAGGAACGACGUAGAGACGAGGCGGCACCAGAGGAUUCUGCGGGAUGCGGAGGACGAGGCGGCUCGCAGAGGGUUGGCGGGGAGGGCGCGAGACCGGGAAAUCAACCGGCUCGUGAGGCGACAAGAACGGAGGAGGUAUGAAAGGUGGCGAGAAGUGCUGGCAGACAACAAGGCACUCUGGAACAGAACUAUUACGGACGCAGUCGCGGCACGGGGUCAACAUAAUAGAAAUCAGGGAGAAAAUGAAUCACGUCGGGAUCAUCUUCACGACCAGCCCCGUGUGCAGCCCGAAGAGAACGAGGACCCUAUCGCCUUGCAUUACCUCUUCAUCAGAUCGAAGACGGCUAAGUCCUCUUGUUCCGCAGACAAAAAGGCCCAGCCGGAGGCAGGAACCCCAGCCCAAAAGAAGCAACGGAUUAGCAAAUAAGACAAAGAAAGGCAAAUGCUGAAGAUGGUACUUAUUUGUUAGGUACAGAAGACGACUAGUCUCUGUUAUUUUAUUUACAAUCUGUAGAUACUUAUUCACUAAUAUUGAACCAGUCGAUAGUACUGAGAGUCUCAGUACUAUCGACGGUAUAACUAACGGAAUAUAUUUAUCAUUCGUCUAAGCCAAUGAGCGGGCCGCGUGUAGGAUUUCCAAGAACUCAUCCCGUUUUUCGACGUUUAUGAUGAAU